AUGUUUGCACCCGCCAUGUUUCCCCGUGUCGCCCUGCGUAGCACUUCCAACGCUGCUCGCGCCUUGCCUCUGCGUCGAGGCUUUGCUACUUCUCGUGUCGACCUCGCAAACACGCUCGUCUUCCUCGAGCACAAAAAUGGCAACUUUGCUGCCGCCACUCUCUCCGCCCUCACUGCCGCUCAGAAGCUUGGAGGUGACAUUGAUGCGCUUGUCGUAGGUGGCGAGGCUGACGCCAGCCAGGUCGCCGAAAAGGCUGCCAAGCUCCCUGGCAUCAAGAAAGUCCUCUUUGCCAAGCACGCCGAGUUUGCCAACAAUCUUUCUGAACCACUUGCACCACUCAUCAAGAAGAUCGUUGAGUCCAACUCUUACACUCACGUUUGCACAGGACACACUGCCGUAGGUCGCGACAUCUUCCCGCGCGCUGCCGCUUUGCUUGACUCAUCCCAGGUUUCCGACAUUAUCGGCCUCGAGGGUGAGGACACCUUCGUCCGUCCCAUCUAUGCCGGUAACGCCAUUGCCACUCUCAAGAGCUCUGACAAGGUCAAGGUCUUUACCGUUCGAGGCACUGCUUUCGACGCCGCUGCUCAGGAGGGUGGGAGCGCUACCACUGAGGAGGUCCAGCCUGAAGGCGUCGAGGCGCUCACCGAGUUUGUCGAGGAGAAGGUCUCCGAGUCCUCUCGUCCCGACCUUGCCACUGCCCCACGCGUCGUUUCUGGUGGUCGUGCGCUCAAGUCGGCUGAAAAUUUCGUCAAGUACAUUGAGCCGCUCGCCGACUCGCUCAACGCCGCUGUCGGUGCUUCGCGAGCUGCCGUCGAUGCUGGCUACGCCGAUAACGCGCUGCAGGUCGGUCAGACGGGUAAGAUCAUCGCUCCCGAGCUUUACGUUGCUAUUGGUAUUUCGGGUGCCAUUCAGCACUUGGCUGGUAUGAAGGACAGCAAAACCAUUGUUGCCAUCAACAAGGAUGCAGAUGCUCCUAUCUUCCAGGUUGCCGACCUUGGUCUCGUCGCUGACCUCUACGAGGCUGUCCCCGAGAUGCUCGAGAAGAUCAAGUAA